AACUCUAGCGCUGACCAUUCACCGACGGAAGCGGCGGCGCAGGAGGCGGCGGCGGCCCAUCGGGGGCACGUAGCGGGCUCUGGUACCAGCUCCGGCGGCGGCGGCGGCGGCAGCCAGGGAGGCCUAGGCCCGGGCCCGGCCGGCGGCGCUCGAGGUGGGGAGGGAAGUUGCGGUGCCGCCGCUCCUCCCCCCCUCCACCGGGUUUCCUAUUUACCGAGAGCGGAGUCGCGGGUUCUGACGGUGGCGGAGCCCUUUGCCUCUCUUCGCUCACCAGCCAGCCCCGUUCUCCCGCGCGGGGCUCCGGCGCCCGCCCGUGGGCCGUUGGGAGCGGGAGAAGCGGAGGCGGCCCGAGGCUAAAGCACCCGCCAGGCGCCGAGGAGAAUAUGAAACAGGUGUCAAAAUGACAUCCAGAUUUGGGAAAACAUACAGUAGGAAAGGAGGAAAUGGCAGUUCAAAGUUUGAUGAAGUCUUUUCCAACAAACGGACCACCCUUAGCACAAAGUGGGGAGAGACCACAUUUAUGGCUAAAUUAGGACAGAAGAGGCCCAAUUUCAAACCGGAUAUCCAAGAAAUUCCGAAGAAACCCAAGAUGGAAGAAGAAGAUACUGGAGAUCCUUUUGGAUUUGACAGUGAUGAUGAGUCUCUACCAGUUUCUUCAAAGAAUUUAGCCCAGGGUAAAGGUUCCUCUUAUUCAGAAUCUAGUGAAGCUGCUCAGCUGGAAGACGUCACUUCUGUACUUGAAACUAAUAGCAAAAUUAGUCAUGUGAUGGGUGAAGACAGUGUUGUAUCUGAUAAAUGCUUACGUUUGGAGGAUACUUUGCUUGGGAAAGAAAAGAGCACAAACCGUGUCUUAGACGAUGAUGCAAGCAGAAGUAGCUGUGCUAAAUUAAUGACUUCAGAUAAAGUGGAGAACUUUAGUGAAGAACAUGAAAAAAAUAGUCACCAUAUUUACAAAAAUGCUGAAGACAGUACUAAGAAACCCAAUGCAGAAACUACAGUGGCUUCUGGAUACAAAGCUGAUGAAAUCAAAGAAACAAAUGAUACUUGGAACUCCCAGCUUGGAAGAAGGUCAGAAUCUCCAUCAGAAACAUCUUCAAUCAAGGGAUCUGUAAGAACUGGUUUGUAUGAAUGGGAUAAUGACUUUGAAGAUAGCAGAUCAGAAGAUUGUAUUUUAAGUUUGGAUAGUGAUCCUCUUUUGGAGAUGAAGGAUGAGGAUUUUAAAAAUCGGUUGGAAAAUCUAAAUGAAGCCAUUGAGGAAGACAUCAUGCAAAGUGUUCUUAGGCCAAGCAACUGUAGGACGUAUUGUAGGGCCAAUAAAGCAAAAUCCUCACAAGGAGCAUCAAAUUUUGAUAAGCUAAUGGACGGCACCAGUCAGGCCUUAGCCAAAGCAAACAGUGAAUCAAGUAAAGAUGGCCUGAAUCAGGCAAAGAAAGGCAGUGUAAGUUGUGGGACCAGUUUUAGAGGGACGGUUGGACGGACUAGAGAUUAUACUGUUUUACAUCCAUCUUGCUUGUCAGUUUGUAAUGUUACCAUACAGGAUACUAUGGAACGCAGCAUGGAUGAGUUCACUGCAUCAACUCCUGCAGAUUUGGGAGAAGCUGGCCGGCUAAGAAAAAAAGCAGAUAUUGCAACGUCUAAGACCACUACUAGAUUUCGACCUAGUAAUACUAAAUCUAAAAAGGAUGUUAAACUUGAAUUUUUUGGUUUUGAAGAUCAUGAUGAGACAGGAGGUGAUGAAGGAGGUUCUGGGAGUUCUAAUUACAAAAUUAAGUAUUUUGGCUUUGAUGAUCUCAGUGAAAGUGAAGAUGAGGAAGAUGAUGACUGUCAAGUGGAAAGAAAGACAAACAAAAAAAGAUCUAAAACGGCUCCAUCACCCUCCUUGCAGCCUCCUCCAGAAAGCAGUGAUAAUUCCCAGGACAGUCAGUCUAGUACUAAUAAUGCAGAAAACUUGGAUUUUACAGAGGAUUUGCCUGGUGUGCCUGAAAGUGUGAAGAAGCCCCCAAAUAAACAAGGAGAUAAAUCAAAGGAAAAUACCAGAAAGAUUUUUAGUGGCCCCAAACGGUCUCCUACAAAAGCUGUAUAUAACGCCAGGCAUUGGAACCAUCCAGAUUCAGAAGAACUACCUGGGCCACCAGUAGUAAAACCUCAGAGUGUCACAGUGAGGCUGUCUUCAAAGGAGCAAAAUCAAAAAGAUGAUGGAGUUUUUAAGGCUCCUGCACCACCACCCAAAGUGAUAAAAACUGUGACAAUACCUACUCAGCCCUACCAAGAUAUAGUUACUGCACUGAAAUGCAGAAAAGAAGACAAAGAAUUGUAUACUGUUGUUCAGCACGUGAAGCACUUCAAUGAUGUGGUGGAAUUUGGUGAAAAUCAAGAGUUCACUGAUGACAUUGAGUACUUGUUAAGUGGCUUAAAGAGCACUCAGCCUCUAAACACACGUUGCCUUAGUGUUAUUAGCUUGGCUACUAAAUGUGCCAUGCCCAGUUUUCGAAUGCACCUGAGAGCACAUGGAAUGGUAGCAAUGGUCUUUAAAACCUUGGAUGAUUCCCAGCAUCAUCAGAAUCUGUCCCUUUGUACAGCUGCCCUCAUGUACAUACUGAGUAGAGAUCGUUUGAACAUGGAUCUUGAUAGAGCUAGCCUAGAUCUAAUGAUUCGACUUCUAGAACUGGAACAAGAUGCUUCUUCAGCUAAGCUGCUGAAUGAAAAAGACAUGAACAAAAUAAAAGAAAAAAUUCGAAGGCUCUGUGAAACUGUACACAACAAGCACCUUGAUCUAGAAAAUAUAACGACUGGGCAUUUAGCUAUGGAGACAUUACUGUCCCUUACUUCUAAACGAGCCGGAGACUGGUUUAAAGAAGAACUACGGCUUUUGGGUGGUCUGGAUCACAUUGUAGAUAAAGUGAAAGAAUGUGUGGAUCAUUUAAGUAAAGAUGAGGAUGAAGAGAAACUAGUAGCCUCAUUAUGGGGAGCAGAGAGAUGUUUACGAGUCUUAGAAAGCGUAACGGUGCAUAAUCCAGAGAAUCAAAGCUACUUGAUAGCAUAUAAAGAUUCACAACUCAUUGUUUCAUCAGCUAAAGCAUUACAACAUUGUGAAGAAUUGAUUAAGCAGUAUAACCGUGCUGAGAACAGUAUAUGCUUACCUGACAGUAAGCCUCUGCCUCACCAGAAUGUAACUAAUCACGUGGGCAAAGCAGUGGAAGACUGCAUGAGGGCCAUCAUUGGGGUGUUGCUCAAUUUAACUAAUGAUAAUGAAUGGGGCAGCACCAAAACAGGAGAACAGGAUGGCUUGAUUGGCACAGCGAUGAACUGUGUGCUUCAGGUUCCAAAGUACCUACCUCAGGAGCAGAGAUUUGAUAUUCGAGUGCUGGGUUUAGGUCUACUGAUAAAUCUAGUGGAGUAUAGUGCUCGGAAUCGGCACUGUCUUGUCAACAUGGAAACAUCGUGUUCUUUUGAUUCUUCCUUCUGUAGUGGAGAAGGAGAUGAUAGUUUAAGGAUAGCUGGACAAGUUCACGCAGUUCAGGCGUUAGUGCAGCUAUUCCUUGAGCGAGAGCGAGCAGCACAGUUGGCAGAAAGUAAAACAGAUGAAUUGAUCAAAGAUGCUCCCACCACUCAGCAUGAUAAGAGUGGAGAGUGGCAAGAAACAAGUGGAGAAAUACAGUGGGUAUCAACUGAAAAGACUGAUGGUACAGAAGAGAAACAUAAGAAGGAGGAGGACGAUGAAGAACUUGACCUCAAUAAAGCCCUUCAGCAUGCUGGCAAACACAUGGAGGACUGCAUCGUGGCCUCAUACACAGCACUACUUCUCGGGUGUCUCUGCCAGGAGAGUCCAAUCAAUGUGACCACUGUGCGUGAGUAUCUGCCAGAAGGGGACUUUUCAAUAAUGACAGAGAUGCUCAAAAAAUUCCUGAGCUUCAUGAAUCUUACUUGUGCUGUUGGAACCACAGGCCAGAAAUCUAUCUCUAGAGUGAUUGAAUACUUGGAACAUUGCUAGCUGCUUUACCUUUGCUUCAGGUGCUCGGUAAUGCUGGAGCUAUUCUUAGACAAAGAAAAGUCACGAAAGAAGUCCUUGAAGAUAUACCAAGAACAUUCAUCAGUAUCAUUCAUAUGUGGAUUUUUAAGGCCACCUGAUUUCUUCUUCGUCAUGCAUUCUGCAUUUGCUAAAUGACAGUUACUACAUCAAUCUGCAACUAUCAAAAAUGAGGGAAAAGGUUCAGGCUGUUAACAGUUCCACACAGUAUUUAAACACACUUUGGCAGAAUUUAUACUCUCCCCUUGUUUUCUUGCUUUUAUUCUGGGCAAGUUUUAAGGGGAAAAUCUGUGCUGCUGUUAGUGCAACUGCUGUGUAUGUUGAGCCACUGUUGUCAUGCCAGCCAGGUGCAAAGGCAGCUUAGCUACUGAGGUAUCGAAUGUUCUGGGGACAUUCUAGACAACAGCUUAGUUCCUUUUUCAGGCUCAUUUGCUUUUGCUUUUUUGUUGAAUGAUUCCAAUCGUAAAUAAAGCUUUUAAUAAUUUUGUGAA